AACUAUGGGAGACUUUCUGUUUCUUAUGGUGGGAAAUUUUUGCUUGGUUGCUUUUUAUGCUAUUUCUUAUUUGAUAGAAUACUUGUGAAAAUCAUCAAAUUGAAUUUAAAUUUACGUGAAAAUUGUAUUGAAAGACGAAUCUAUGAAAAUAUCCCAUUUUCAUUAAGCUUCAAAGUAUACAUAUUUCAUGUGCUUAAUAAAGAUGAAGUGCACAAUGGAGCAAAACCGCAUUUCAAGGAAAUUGGUCCAUAUAUAUUCGACGAAUAUGUGUGGAAACAAAAUAUCAGUGACAACGUUGAAGAAGAUACCAUGACCUUUACAACAAUGAAGAAAUAUGUAUUUCGUCCCGAUUUAAGUAACGGUCUUACUGGUGAAGAGAUUGUAACCAUUAUUCAUCCAGUAAUUGCCUCCAUUGGAUUGACCGUCCAUUUUGAAUAUCGUCAGUUUUUACACGUGGCCGUUCAGGCGAUUCACGAAAUAUUCCAUGAACCAACAGAUGUUUUUUGGACAGGGCGCGCAAUGAAUUUAUUAUUCGAUGGCAUUGAAAUUGAUUGUGGGGUAACAAAUCCGCUGUCAAAACUUGCAUGCGGGGAAAUGAGAAGAAGUGCACAUCCAUCGAUUCAAAAAAUUACGAAGGAACGAUUGAAAUUCUCAUUCAUGGGAGGAUAUAAUAAUACAUCGCACGGGGUGUGGAAAGUAAAUCGAGGUGUAAGAGACGUGCGAUUCGUUGGACAUGUACUUGAAGUUGAUGGAAUAACUGAGAUGGAUGUUUGGAAUGGAGAUGAAUGUAAUAAGUUGAAUGGAACUGAUGGAUUGCUCUUUACUCCGCUUCAAAGUAAAAAGGAGCCGGUAUCCAUUUUUGCAAGUCAAAUAUGUGCAUCGUUACAUCUACGCUAUGCACGCAGAGCAAGCUUUCGUGGUGUUGAUCUUGGAACAUUCGUCAAUAAUUUCGAAAUAAAUUCAACAAAUAGUUUAAGUUGCUUCUGUCGAAAACCAGAUCGCUGUCCGGCUCGCGGUACAAUGGAUUUGAUGCCGUGCGUUAAAGCGCCAGUUACCAUAUCGCAACCACAUUUUUACAACGCGGAUCCAUCACUACUAGCAAAUAUCGCAUCUGGCCUGAAACCGGUUAGAGAAAAACAUGAAUUUUACCUCAGCUUGGAAAUGUAUUCAGGUGUACCGUUACGAGGAGCUGGACGAGUGCAAGUGAACUUUGAAGUUGAACCAGUCAAAGAAAUCGAAAUCAUGGCAAAUUUACCAAAAAUGAUAUUCCCAUGUGUUUGGUUUGAAGAGUCAGCUGAUUUACCAGAUUAUUUGGUAAAUUUGCUAAAAUACACGUUGACAUUCGGUUUAACAGCACAUUGUGCGCUGCAAUGGAUAACUAUGACAUAUUGGCUAUUGGCAACCAUUGGCUGUACAACUAUAUUCUUACUGACUCGAUAUACCGAUAUUAAUGUUCUAGAAAAGGAUGCGUUGUUUACAAGAAGUCCACAAAUCUCAAAAAUUGGACCGAUUGUUACAAUGGUUAGUGAACAGCCGCUCAAAGACUUUAACGGUGUGGAAGCUAAUGAAAAAGAUCAACAUGACAAAAAUUGUUUACCAAAAACCGAUGCCGUUUUAUUAGUGAAUGAAAUCGUAACUAGGGCAACAAGUGCUGCCAAUAAAGGUCAUUUACAAAAUGAUUUUGACCAACCAAAACCUUAAACGCUUGAGCUUCAUAUUCAAAAACUCCUCUAUUACUAGUACACAGAAACAAAUAUUCGGGUACGCUUACUCGCACCUGCGGUGUUAGCAGAGAG